GCACCUGGUCUGGACAUGACGUUUGGCACUCCAGCUGCUUUCCAGGCUGAGGACCAUGGGGACUGUUCCCUCAGGCAGCUGAAGCCACAUAGCCUCUCUCAGGCCAUGGCUCCCCCUGAUGCUUCCAAAGCACCCACCGAGCUUCAGUGCCGUAUGCUCUGUGCCAGCUGGUAUUUUUCCUGCUCCCUAGAAGCACACAUUGUUGUAUUUGGGGAGAGAGUCAAAGAAAACUCUGAGCCAGGAAUCAUGGCAGCCAAACCCAAGCUCUACUACUUUCAUGGCAGGGGCAGGAUGGAGUCCAUCCGCUGGCUGCUGGCUGCAGCUGGAGUGGAGUUUGAAGAAGAAUUUCUUGAAACAAGAGAACAAUAUGAAAAGUUGCAGAAGGAUGGAUGCCUGCUUUUCGGCCAAGUGCCUUUGGUUGAAGUGGAUGGAAUGAUGCUGACACAGACUAGAGCCAUCCUCAGCUAUCUUGCUGCGAAGUUCAACUUCUACGGGAAGGACCUGAAGGAAAGAGUCAGGAUCGACAUGUAUGUUGAUGGCACCUUGGACCUGAUGGCAAUGAUAAUGCUGGCCCCCUUCCAGCGCCCUGAGGAAAAACAGGAGACCCUUGCUUCUGUCAUCCAGAAAGCGAAAGCCCGCUACUUUCCUGUCUUUGAAAAGAUUUUGAAAGACCAUGGAGAGGAUUUUCUUGUUGGCAACAAAUUCAGCUGGGCAGAUAUACAGAUGUUAGAAGCUAUUUUAAUGGUAGAAGAACUCAAUGCUUCUGUUCUUUCUGACUUCCCUCUGCUAAAGGCAUUUAAAACAAGAAUCAGCAACAUCCCUACAAUUAAGAAGUUCCUGCAGCCUGGGAGUCAGAGGAAGCCACCCCCUGAUGCCCACUAUGUUGACCUUGUCAGUAACAUACUGCAGUUCUAAUGGCAGCAGGUUGCAUGAUGGCAGACGUUAUGGUCCAGUCACAGUGCCAGCAUGUGCUGUCUGCAGAGGAUAAUAGAAGCAAACUGUGGAUUCCUGGAGUAAAGUGUCUGAAAAGAACCAUGCCACUAACAGCAACACUGAUUAAAUAUAGUAUAAACCCA